ACUGCGAUCAACCCCCGUAUAUUUAUGACGUUUUGCAAUUCACUGGAUGCUUUUAUUUUGAUUGGAUUUUUAACAAUAUAUCCACCCAAACUAGAGUAAAUCAAUUAAAUAAACACAAAAUGGGUGAUGUACGGGAUAUUAUGGAGCUGGAGCGUCCAGCCACUCCAGAAGUAACCCGAGAAAGCAUAUUGGGGGAGAAGAAUAAGAAACGAACUUCCACAGGCUCAAAAUUACCGAAACGGCCUGAAGGAAUGCACAGAGAAGUUUAUGCACUUUUGUACAACGAUAACAAGGAUGCUCCACCUUUAUUUCCAUCUGAUACAGGGAACGGGUAUAAACAAACAAAAAUUAAGUUGGGAAUGCGGAAACCCAGGAAAUGGAAGUGGAUGCCGUUUACUAACCCGGCUAGAAUGGAUAGUUCCACGUUUUAUCAUUGGAGAAGGCCCUCGGAUGAGCCCAAAGAAUAUCCCUUUGCAAAAUUUAAUAAGAAAGUUGAUGUCCCUACCUACACAGACAUCGAAUUUAACCAACAUUUAAGAAGUGACAGCUGGAGUAAGGAAGAAACCGAUCAUUUAAUGGAUUUAGCUCGGAGGUAUGACUUACGGUUCAUAGUCAUGGCUGAUAGGUUUGAUUCGGAUAAGUUUUCUAAAAGGUCUGUGGAGGAUAUCAAGGACAGGUAUUAUAAGAUAUGUGGGAUAUUAAAUAAGACUUUACAGAUUAAUGGGGAGAGAAAAAUUUACAUGUAUGAUGCCGAUCACGAAAGAAGAAGGAAGGAGCAGCUUAAAAAACUUUACGAGAGAAAACCAGAACAAAUGGAAGAAGAACAAUUCUUGUUGGGUGAGUUAAAAAAGAUUGAAGCGAGAAAGAAGGAAAGAGAACGUAAAACGCAAGAUUUACAAAAACUUAUUAGUCAAGCUGACAGCCAAAAUGAAACUCCAAGGAAGACUGAUAAAAAAUUGCCCAAGAAAAAAAUAGCAAAUCCGUCAAGGCCAUCAAGAAUCGACACAAAUCAAAUUUUACAGGCUGUAGAGACGGCGGGCAUUAAAUUUCCAGAUUAUAAAAACAGCGGCGUAUCUCUGAGAUCGCAGAGGAUGAAAUUGCCCGCGAAUGUGGGUCAAAAAAAAUCCAAGGGUAUAGAACAAAUGCUGCAAGACAUGGGAUUGGAGCUAAAUCCAACUCCAACAGAAGAUAUUUGCCAGCAUUUCAACGAACUCAGGAGUGAUAUGGUGCUAUUAAUGGAAAUUAAAUCGGCUCUGGGUACUUGCGAGUUCGAGUUACAAUCUCUAAGGCAUCAGUACGAAGCCCUAACCCCGGGAAAGACUCUGGCCAUUCCACCUCAGUUGUUGUCGACAACAAUGGAGAAUGAAACCGGGAAAAUUAACUCGGAAAUAAUUGAUGUUGUGGGGUCUCCCGGAACACCUUUGAAUACAUAGCUAUUAAGAAUAUAAUUUUAUUUUUUUUAGUCCAUCACUAUAAUAAAGUAUUAAUAAAAUAAAACAUAUUCCUUAUUUGGUUUCAUUUAUUAAAUAUGUUACAUUUUAUCAUACACGACAAAAUAUAUAUAGUAUUGCUAUAUAAGAAUUACAAAACAACUGCAAAUGCAUAGAAUUAAUUUGGAAUUAUAACUUAAAAAGUAUUUGUACAUUUUCAAUUCUUAUGCUUAACAUAGUCCAUUAUAUCUUAAUGUAAAUGGUCAGGAGGGGCAUUUACAAAAAUCUUAAUCACAUUAGGAUGUUUACGAAGGAUACUCAGACCUUGGCCUCUUCCGUGAUGGUUCUUCAUCCGUUGUUAGAUCCCUCUUCUUCACUGAGCUCU